GGCUAGGCGCUCUGGGCUCCCGGAGUCGUCAUGGGCGCCGCCGCGUGGGCGCCGCCGCCCCUGCCGCUGAGAACCUCUCUCCUCGUGCUGUUCCUGCCGCUCCCCGGGAUGCCCGCGGGCUCCUGGGACCCGGCUGGUUACCUGCUCUACUGUCCCUGUAUGGGACGUUUUGGGAACCAGGCUGAUCACUUCUUGGGCUCUCUGGCAUUUGCAAAACUGCUGAAUCGCACCUUGGCUGUACCUCCAUGGAUUGAGUACCAGCACCACAAGCCUCCCUUCACUAAUCUCCAUGUAUCUUAUCAGAAGUACUUCAAGCUAGAGCCCCUUCAGGCCUACCACAGGGUCAUCAGCCUGGAAGACUUCAUGGAGAAGCUGGCACCCACCUACUGGCCCCCUGAGAAACGGGUAGCCUACUGCUUUGAGGUGGCAGCCCAGCGAAGCCCUGAUAAGAAGACAUGUCCCAUGAAGGAAGGAAACCCUUUUGGCCCAUUCUGGGAUCAGUUUGAUGUGAGCUUCAAUAAGUCUGAGCUCUUUGCGGGCAUUUCCUUCAGCGCCUCCUACAAAGAACAAUGGAUACAGAGAUUUUCUCCAAAGGAACAUCCAGUGCUUGCCUUGCCAGGGGCCCCAGCCCAGUUCCCUGUCCUGGAGGAACACAGGUCACUCCAGAAGUACAUAGUGUGGUCAGACGAGAUGGUGAAGACAGGAGAGGCCCUGAUUCGUGCACACCUUAUCCGUCCCUAUGUGGGCAUUCAUCUGCGCAUUGGCUCUGAUUGGAAGAACGCCUGUGCCAUGCUGAAGGAUGGGACUGCAGGCUCACACUUCAUGGCCUCCCCGCAGUGUGUGGGCUACAGCCGAAGCACAGCGUCUCCCCUCACCAUGACCAUGUGCCUCCCUGACCUGAAGGAAAUACGGCGCGCUGUGAAGCUCUGGGUGAGGGCACUGAAUGCCCAGUCAGUCUACAUUGCCACAGAUUCUGAGAGCUAUGUACCUGAGAUCCAGCAGCUCUUCAGAGAGAAGGUGAAGGUGGUCAGCCUGAAGCCAGAGGUGGCCCAGACUGACCUGUACAUCCUUGGUCAGGCUGACCACUUCAUUGGUAACUGUGUUUCUUCCUUCACUGCCUUUGUGAAGCGGGAGCGGGACCUCCAGGGGAAGCAGUCCUCCUUCUUUGGCAUGGACAAGCCCCCUCAACUUCGGGAUGAGUUCUGACACUGGCUAGAGCCUGUCACCAAUCUGAGCUGUUCCUCACCCCCUAGCCAAUCCUGGAAGCCAGAGGUGUUCCCAGGACUGCAAGCUGCUCUUCUUGGCUGCCAGAGGUGAAGAGCAGCACCAGGGACUGCCUGGAUGAGGAAGACAGCCUAUCCCAGGCUUCCAAACCGGCUGGAAGUCAGUGCAUCUCCUCCCCACAUGUGCUUCCUGCUGCUUCUCCUGGGGAUUCUCACAUGGCAAAGUAGUCCUUUGGUCUGGCCUGCUUGGAGCAGCCUGGGAUGCAGAAUUCUCUCCAGAGAAAUUUUUAUAGUUUUGAUACUAGGUCAUGAUUACCCCAAGAACUCUUCCUCAUUUUUUAAAAAUCAGUCAUCCGGGCACUGGUGGCUCAUACUUGUAUUUGCUACUCAGGAGGCUGAG